UUGUCGCUUAUCAUACAGUAAAAGAAGAAACAUCAUUCUCCAGGAAGUGCUCCAUUAUAAACAUUUAGACAACUAACCUAUGCUUUCACCUGUCAACAAUGCUGUCACUGAAUAAUUUAGGCGUUAUUUGCAUAUCUCAGGCUCUUCAGCAUUCACCAAAGUUAUUAGCUAUCAGGCAAUGGUUAUCAAAGGCUUCGUCUCGUGCAACGCUAUGCAACAACUCUAUCACCUUCAGCAGUAAGGGCACAAGGAGGCACACGGGCUUCAGAUUACUUAACGAAAGUAUAGUAAAACAUGUCAGUUCACUGCAAACGACUUUCUGCACAGCCUCUGGGAAGCUACACUGUUGGAACUGUAGCCAGUCUAUCGAACAAACUCCGGCCUUCUUCUGUUUAUCGUGUAACUUUGUCCAGCCUCCAGAUGAGAGGGCGUCCUAUUUCCUGAUUAUGGAGUGUGACCAGACCUUUGCACUGGAUACCCAGAGGCUGCAGAAAACAUACUUGAAGCUCCAGCGGUCUCUUCACCCUGACAACUUCAGCCAGAAAACUGCGCAAGAACAAGAGUACUCUGAAUACCAGUCAGCCCUAGUAAACAAAGCAUACAGGACCCUGCUCAAGCCUUUGAGUCGUGGCCUUUACAUGCUGGAGCUGAAUGGCAUGGGGAUAGAGGAGGGGACUGAUGCGGGGGCUGAUCCUCUGUUCCUUAUGGAGUUGAUGGAGAUCAACCAAGCACUGGAUGAGGCACGAAGCAAAGAAGAGUCGGCCAAGAUAGGCGCCUCUAUGAAAGAGAAGUUGAAAGACUUGACUGAACAAAUAGAUGCAUCCCUGCACAAAGGAGAGCUUCAAGCUGCCAAAGCGCUUCUCGCCCAAAUGAAAUACUUUGCGAACAUUGAAGAGAAGGUGAAGGAAAAGCUUUCAGAGCUAAUGUAAACUGUGUUGACUUCCUUUUGAUGGUUCCAGGGUCAUUUUAAGGUUGUUGAUAUUUUCAAAAAAACACAAUUGCCACAUUUGAGUAGAAGGUUUUAAAGAUGUAUUCGCAUGUGAGUUUCAGGUAUACAAAUAAAUGUCAAGUAUUUACUAA